CCUACAGAAAUCGUAGGUUACAUUCAGGUUCAGGUGGAAUGUUAUGCAAGAAAUAAUAUUUUAUUUUUAUUAGUGAAUAUUUGAAAUGAGAAUAGGCUGGCUACAUAAACUAGUAAACAAAUGGCCUGGAAAAAAUACAUUUGGGAUGUAUAGGUUCUUACCUAUAUUCUUUGUUCUGGGAGCAUCUUUGGAAUUUUCAAUGAUUAAUUGGAGAGUUGGAGAAGUGAACUUUUAUAAUACAUUUAAAAAGAGGCAAGCUCACGACAUUGUUGAAGACAAAAUCAAGAAGUAUUCGUCACUUUGA